UAUGUCUAAAGAAGAGAUGAGUUUAUCGGUGAACGUAAAUGGCCAGUCUCAGGUGCCACCAGGGUUUCGGUUCCAUCCUACAGAAGAAGAGCUUCUUCACUACUAUUUACGAAAGAAAGUUGCAUACGAAAAAAUUGAUCUUGAUGUUAUUCGUGAUGUUGAUCUUAACAAGCUCGAACCAUGGGAUAUCCAAGAGAAGUGCAGAAUUGGAUCAACUCCGCAAAAUGAUUGGUAUUUCUUUAGUCACAAAGAUAAGAAGUACCCAACUGGGACACGUACAAAUCGUGCUACGGCUGCUGGUUUUUGGAAAGCCACUGGCCGGGAUAAGGUGAUCUAUAGUAGCUUGAGGAGAAUCGGUAUGAGGAAGACACUCGUGUUCUAUAAAGGGAGAGCACCUCAUGGACAAAAAUCCGAUUGGAUUAUGCAUGAAUAUAGACUAGAUGAUAAUAGUACUAUUACCUCUCAUCAAGAUUAUGGCUCUGGUUCUAACAUAAGUGAUUCGGCACAAGAAGAAGGGUGGGUUGUAUGCCGUGUUUUCAAGAAGAAAAACUAUCAUAAAGCGGUCGUGAGUCCACAGAGGUCAUCAUCAGCGCCAUCCAUGGACUCAACUGCUCAAAUUCAAUCUUUAAAGAAAGAUGGUACGAGUAAUAAUAAUGUUCAUGAUCAAUUGCUCAUGUACUUAAACGGUAGAUCCUGCAAGCAAGAAACUACUCAUGAUUCACUAGCCAAUAUCACCAACAUGCAUAAUGAGUAUACUAAUCCUAUCCAACAGUUCAUAAUGAACCCGAUCAACGAUAGAUUUCUUCACCUUCCAAGGCUAGACAGUACCUCGGGUCAGUUGAUCAGCUCAUCAGCCACCUUUGAUCAAGAUCAUUUGACCUUGCAGGCCCAUAACUCUAUGACCCAUUUGCUGACAGAACCUGAACAUGCUAGAGAUCAUGAAAAUCUUGACAAUUGGGCUGAUCUUGACCGUCUCGUGGCUAGCCAGCUCAAUGGCCAGCCACGACCGUCCAAACAUCAGCUGUUUACCUAUAAUGAACAACCGAAUAAUGAAGAAAUAUGUUUCCCACUUGACCAUGAUAAUCAAGAACCAGGACGGCUCCAUGGCUCAACAUCCAUGACUAAACCGGCAUAUACUGCAAGUGAGAUAGAUCUAUGGAGCUUUGCACAAUCUUCAUCACAGUCAUCGUCCCCAGAUCCGUUCUACCAUUUGUCGGUAUAGUUUUCAAAUUAUAUUGUUCAGGUUUUAAUACUAUACUCAUUUUCUUUUUUACCCUUACAUU